AUGGACGCCGCGAAUAUCAAUCAGAGCAACCUCUUCGAGCCUACCUCGUCGGCCUCCUCCUCCAUCAUCCUUGAUAACCUCGACAUGUCAGAGUCCAUGUACAGAGACAAGGUCGAUGUCCUCCUAGGCGUCGGCUUCGGUCACGAGCUUCCACCACCUCCAACCUCGGACGUCUCAAUGUCAAUGAUGCUCGAGCCCACGCCCGCUCCUGCACCCCCGCAAGACCAAGACAUGAUGGACGAGGACUGGACCAUCAUCGGCUUCGGCGCCUCCACAUCGGCCGGCUCCGAGACGACCCGCCCCGCCACCGUCUCCGUCAACGGCUCCGUCCACGACCUCACGGCCUCCAACGUCCUCCGCCUCGAUAUGGAGAACAACGGUCCCGAGGGGUCCCACCCGAGCGUUAUGAGCCCCAGCUAUCACCCAAAGAGGUCCAACACCCGGGCCACAGACAUGUCCCCUCCGGACCUCUCUGAAACCUACAGUCCCGCUACCGCUUGUGAUGCGGACGGUCUCUGCGAGAUCGGUGCAUGGGCUGACAUGGCGACGCCUGCUGGGAUCCUCGCCAAGAAGAAUCGGCAGAUGAUGAAGUAA